AUGGUGCUCGCGCAACUGGGCGGGAGCAUCUCCCGCGCCCUGGCGCAGAUGAGCAACGCCACGGUGAUCGAUGAGAAGGUGCUGAACGACUGCCUCAACGAGAUCUCGCGCGCGCUCCUACAGGCCGAUGUCCAGUUCAAGAUGGUCCGCGACAUGCAGGCCAACAUCAAGCGCAUCGUCAACCUCGAGGCGCUUGCCGCAGGCACCAACAAGCGCCGCAUCAUGCAGCAGGCUGUCUUCACGGAACUCUGCAACAUGCUAGAUCCCGGGAAGCCUUCUUUCACUCCCAAAAAGGGCAAGCCAAGCGUAGUAAUGUUCGUUGGUCUGCAAGGUUCUGGUAAAACUACCACUUGUACAAAAUAUGCUUAUUAUCAUCAGAGGAAAGGAUUCAAACCAGCGCUGGUUUGUGCUGAUACAUUUAGGGCUGGUGCUUUUGAUCAGUUAAAGCAAAAUGCAACGAAGGCCAAGAUUCCCUUUUACGGAAGCUACAUGGAAUCUGAUCCAGUAAAAAUUGCUGUUGAGGGUGUGGAGAGGUUCAAGAAAGAAAACUGUGAUCUCAUCAUUGUGGAUACAAGUGGAAGGCACAAACAAGAAGCAGCACUCUUUGAAGAAAUGCGGCAAGUUUCGGAAGCAACAAAACCAGACUUGGUGAUUUUUGUGAUGGACAGCAGUAUUGGUCAGGCUGCAUUUGAUCAAGCACAGGCAUUUAAACAAAGUGUUUCUGUUGGUGCUGUGAUUAUUACAAAAAUGGAUGGUCACGCAAAAGGCGGUGGUGCCCUUAGCGCUGUCGCAGCAACAAAAAGUCCUGUUAUAUUCAUUGGAACUGGAGAGCACAUUGAUGAGUUUGAAGUUUUUGAUGUGAAGCCAUUUGUUAGUCGCCUGUUAGGUAUGGGAGAUUGGUCAGGCUUUAUGGACAAGAUUCAUGAAGUGGUACCUACAGAUCAACAGCCUGAGCUUCUGCAGAAACUGUCUGAAGGAAGCUUUACUCUGAGGCUUAUGUAUGAGCAGUUCCAGAAGAUUCUGAAAAUGGGUCCUAUUGGCCAGGUCUUCUCUAUGUUGCCUGUGUUUAGCGCUGAACUAAUGCCAAAAGGACAUGAGAAGGAAAGCCAGGCUAAGAUUAAGCGCUACAUGACGAUGAUGGAUUCCAUGACUGAUGCAGAGCUUGACAGCACAAAUCCUAAGCUGAUGACUGAAUCACGGAUCAUUCGGAUUGCACGGGGUUCUGGCCGGCCUGUCAGGGAUGUCAUGGACAUGCUGGAAGAGUACAAGCGGCUUGCUAAAAUCUGGGGCAAGAUGAAGGGUCUCAAAAUCCCAAAGAAAGGGGAGAUGAGUGCACUGUCCCGCAACAUGAAUGUUCAGCACAUGAGCAAGGUACUUCCGCCGCAGAUGCUUAAACAGAUUGGUGGCAUGGGCGGCCUGCAGUCUCUGAUGAAACAGAUGGGAUCGAAGGAGAUGAGCGGAAUGUUUGGAGGCAUGGGUGGCGAGCGGUAA